AUGGAUCACGUCCGCCGUAAAGACACCACCAAAGGCCCGCCUCUCCGCAUCCUGUCCCUGGACGGCGGUGGCGUCCGAGGCUACUCGAUGCUCAUCCUCCUCCAGGAACUGAUGCACCGCAUCUACGUCGAAACAGAAGGCAAACCCCCGCGCCGCGACCAGAUCCCGAAACCAUGCGACCACUUUGACCUCAUCGCCGGCACGGGAACUGGCGGCCUUAUCGCCCUGAUGCUGGGUCGCUUACGCCUCGACUUGGAGACCUGCAAGGACGUCUACGUGCGCAUGACGCGGCGGGUGUUUGAGACCGAUAAAACAUUUGCGGGAAUCCCGUUUCGCUCGACGCUGUUCAAGGCGUCGAAGCUCGAGGAGGCGAUCCGUGAGUGUGUACGCGAACACACCGUUUACGAAGCAGAGGGGAACGAUCUUUCGCCCACCAACGCCACCUCGCCGACGUAUGCCCCGUUCAGCCCGAAUUUCUCAACGACGUCGAUUCCGCAGCGCUCCGGGAGCCGAGCGAGUUUUAGCACGACGCACUCUGGUGCGACUACGAAUCGGAGUUCCGCGUACAUCAAUGGGCUACGGUGGGGGAAUCCGGAUGCGCUGUUGUAUGAUAAUCGGGAGAACCGGACGAAGACGGCCGUGACGGCGCUGUACCGGGGCACGCCAAAGGGCGGCGCCGCUGUGCUGCUGCGAUCCUAUGAUUCCCGCAAGGAACCCGCGCCCGAGUUCAACUGCACGAUCUGGCAGGCCGGUCGCGCAACCUCGGCAACGGGUCUCGCUUUCAAGCCGAUUCAGAUCGGGCAGCAUUGGUUCAUUGACGAGGGCGCCGGUACGUAUAACCCCGCACCAGCGAUUCUAGACGAGGCAGCGUGCAACGAGUGGCCCGGUCGAGAAAUUGGCGUGUUUGUCAGCGUUGGCACGGGCAAGCGCCCGCCAGACACCAACAACCGGCAGCAUGAGUGGUGGGAGGACUUUUUCGGCGACGCCCUGGGCACGUUCGCUGAAGCGCGGCGCCGGCUGAUUGCGAAGAUCGAGGGCUGCGAGGACAUCCACCACGACAUGCUCCGCGAGCACCUCCCCAAGCGCGGGGUCAGCAAGGACAACUACUACCGACUGAACGUGGAAGUCGGCGUCGGCGAGUUCGGCAUGAAUGAAUGGCACCGCCUCGCAGACAUCAGCACCAACACGCGUCGCUACCUCAGCCGGCCGGACGUGAAGAAGAUGAUCCUCGACGCGAGCGUCAAGUUCGCCAAGAUCGAGCGCAUGCACCGCCGUCUCGACGCCCACGUUGCCGCAGGCCACGACCCAAACAUGCUCCUCGAAGACGACAACUCCUCGCUAGCACCUAGCCCGCGUCUCUCCGUCAUCUCCCCGUCGGCUGCAGGCCCCGCCCCCCAAAGCCCAACCCAGCAGCAACAACAAGCACCAUUACCCCCAUCAUCGGCACCGCCACCACCACCCGCAAACAUCUUCGAACUCCCUGCCGAACUCCCCGGCGACUUCAUCCAGCUCACACCCGCCGACGACAAACUCCCCGUCCCGCCACACUCCGGCCGCACCUCGGGCUCCGACCUCAUCAGCUCAAACGAACCCAGCCGUCCAACCUCACAACACGCAUACUCUCCGCCGCAGAGGCUUAGCUUCGAACACGUGAACCACACACACCUCCCGCCGCCCGUGCCCCCAAAGACACCGAUCCCAUACCCCUCCUACUCAGAUCACACCCAGACGCACACGCAGUCGGUCCCCUAUCCAGACCAGGCAGAGCUCGGCGGGAUUCCGAUGCCGAUGCCUAGUCCGGGCCUGCACCCCGCGCACGCGAGUGCCGGUGGGGGCGGCGGACACCCAUCUACAGCGCCGGGAGGUGGUGGAAGGCCACCGUACCCAGUUGACGAGCCACCGCCCGUCGUGAACAAGCUACGGAAACCGAGCUACCAAGUCCGUGAUUAUUCGGCUUGA